AUGGUUGACAAAGAGAGAAAAAGAGCUCAUACUCAACAGAAACUCUCUGAUAUAAAGGAAGCAUUCGACGAGAUCGAGUAUAAAAUACCAUAUAAUUUUGUGGAGUUCAACGAUGUGGAACAAAAGCUUGACAAGGAAGAAGAGUUUGGAAUACUACCACAUGAGAUUGGCCAUUUUCAGAAUCUGGUUACUUUUGAUGCUGGACAUAAUGAGAUUGCAGGCUCAAUUGAUUUCAAUAUUUUCAUGAAUAUGUCUGCUCUGCAAACCAUAUAUCUAGGGCACAACAAAUUCACAGGGAACCUUUUAAGGGAUGUCGGGAAUAUUACCAUGCUAACAGAGUUAUACCUCCAGGAAAACCAUUUCACAGGGCUUAUUCCCGCUGAAUUUGGCCAACUUUACCAUUUGUCGACAUUACUUUUACGGCGGAACAGCUUGAGUGGUUCGAUUCCACAUGAGCUCUUUAACAUUUCAACUCUUCGGAUUCUUGGACUUGUCGAGAAUGCUCUGUCAGGGGUUCUUCCAACCCAUUUAUGCCAUGGUUCUCCCUCUCUCGAACGACUUUAUCUUGGCAAUAAUUCCAUCAGUGGAGCAAUACCCAACUCCAUCUCUAACUGUUCUCAACUCAUAUACCUCUCACUUUCUGAUAACAAAUUCAGUGGUUAUAUACCUACUCAUCUCGGCAACCUAAGACAACUACAAAGUCUUCAAUUGUUCAGCAACAAUCUUACCCAGGCACCAUCUUCUUCCUUCAUUACUUCAUUGACAAAUUGCAAGUCUCUAACUCGUUUGGAAAUUGAUGAUAAUCCUCUAAAUGGUGUCAUUCCAGCUUCUAUCGGGAACUUAUCUUCCUCACUUCAAACAUUCAGCGCCGGCAACUGCAAAUUCAGUGGCAGCAUUCCUGUUGAAAUAGACAAUUUAAGCAAUCUGAUGAGAUUGGCUUUGCAAGGCAAUGAGUUAUCUGAAUCGAAUGCCUUUCAAGUGGCGGCCACCAAUUUGAACCCCCGCUUUGCCGCCGUUGCCGAGCCCGAGCCCGACGUGGAGGAGAUUGCUUCUAUGCCGGCGGGCACCAAACGUAGCAACUAUUAUCCACCAGAAACGGUGCUAAUUUGCCAUUUGUAUUGCGAGCACACCCACGACUCUGUGGUGGGUGUCGACCAAAAAGGGGCGAAGUUUUGGGGCUCCCUCUGCACCGAAUACAACGCUAACAGGCCCCAAGGAUCUAUUUCACGCGACGUCACGCAAAUCAAAUCUCACUUUCAACGGGUGUCGAAGGAUGCAAAGAGGUUUGAGGCCAUGCACAAAAAAUGCCACGAUCAAUGGAAAUCAGGCAUGAGUGAUAUUCAAAUCCUGGAGCAAGCAGAGGCAAUGUGGCUAGCCGAGUACCGUGUUCCGUUCCGGUAUCCGCAUGCAUGGAAGAUCUUGCGCGAGUCCAAGAAAUUUGCAAGUCUCGGCGAGAAUGUUCACUCCGAUGUCCAUUCGGACAAACGAUCAAAGAGGUCCGACGGUCUUCCCACAACGACUUCUAGUGACGCGAGUAUCUCCACCCGGCCCCAAGGCCAAAAGGCGGCCAAGAGAGACAAGCGGAAAGGCAAGAAAAAAGCCGAAGAGACGUCCGAGGAUAACCAAAAAGCUCUCGGAAAUCUUUAUCUAAACUCCAACAUGUUGAAUUCAAGCAUACCUUCAAGCUUAUGGGGCCUAACAGAUUUGAUCACUCUAGACUUGUCCUCAAAUUCAUUAAAUGGGUCUCUACCUCUAGAGAUGAGUAACUUAGGAGCAGCGAUCUAUAUAAACGUAUCGAUGAAUCAGUUGUCAAAGUCUAUUCCUAGCACUAUUGGGAAGUUGCAGAAUUUGAUUUAUUUGUCUUUGGCAAAUAAUAGACUAGAAGGUUCUAUACCUGUGUCUAUGGGAAGCAUGAUCAGUUUGGAAAAUCUCGACUUGUCGUACAACAACCUCUCUGGUUCAAUUCCAAAGUCUUUAGAAGCACUUCAACACCUCGACUACUUUAAUGUCUCUUUCAAUAGUUUAAGUGGAGAAAUUCCUAAUGGAGGUUCUUUUAGAAACUUCACUAUGGAUUCUUUUAAGGGUAAUGAGGCAUUGUGUGGAAUCCCCAAAAACAAAAGGAAAGAUAAGACGACAAGAGAAGUUGAUGAGUUGAUAUUCAUUGUGUCGGAAAGAAUCUCUUAUUAUGAGCUGCUGCGAGCAACGAAAAGAUUCGAUGAAAGCAAUUUACUUGGCACUGGGAGUUCUUGCUUUGUUUAUAAAGGAAUUCUUAACAAUGGGAUGAAUAUCGUUGUCAAGGUGUUCAAUAUGCAGCUAGAAGGUAUUUCAAGAAUAUUUGAUGUCGAAUGUGAGAUACUACGUAGCAUUCGACACAGGAAUCUGACAAGCGUCAUAAGCAGUUGCUCUAAUGAAGAGUUCAAGGCAUUAGUACUUGAAUAUAUGCGAAAGGGAAACCUUGAAAAGUGGUUAUAUUCCCACAACUAUUGCUUGAAUAUGAUGGAAAGAUUGAAUAUAAUGAUUGAUGUUGCAUCUGCUUUGGAGUAUCUUCACCACGGUUAUUCAAUACCCAUUGUCCACAGCGACUUGAAGCCUAGUAAUGUGCUGUUAGAUGAAGACAUGGUUGCCCAUGUAAGCGACUUUGGGAUAGCAAAGUUGUUAUGUGAUGGAGAUAGCUUUGUGUUAACCAACACGCUAGCAACAUUGGGUUACAUUGCUCCGGAGUAUGGUUUGGAAGGGCAAGUUUCAACAAGGUGUGAUGUGUAUAGCUACGGGGUGAUGUUGAUUGAAACUUUUACGAGAAAAAUGCCUAGUGAUGAUAUGCUUUGCGGAGAUAUGAGCUUAAAGAGAUGGGUAGAACUCUCACUUUCGGAGAACCCAGAUGAAGUGAUAGAUGCCAACUUAGUCAUGAAUUUGGAGGAAGAAAUGAUUGACAAGAAUAUGCAGUGUGUGUCAUCCAUACUUGAAUUAGCUCUGAAAUGCUCCGCCGACUCUCCAGGGGAUAGAAUCAACAUGAAACAAGCACAUGCAGAGUUGCAGAAAAUCAAACAUCGAUUUUCCCAAAGAGAUUCAAACUCCAACAUUUUGAAUUCAAGCAUACAAUCAAGCUUAUGGGGCCUAAAAGAUUUGAUCGAAUUAGACUUGUCCUCAAAUUCAUUAAAUGGGUCACUACCUCUAGAGAUGAGUAACUUAGGAGCAGCGAUCUAUACAAAUGUAGCAAUGAAUAAGUUGUCAGGGUCAAUUCCAAGCACUAUUGGGAAGUUGCAGAAUUUGGUUGAUCAAUCUUUGGCAAAUAAUAGACUAGAAGGUUCUAUUCCUGUAUUUAUGGGAAGCAUGAUCAGUUUGGCAAAUCUCGACUUGUCAUACAACAACCUCUCUGGUUCAAUUCCAAAAUCUUUAGAAGUACUUCAACAUCUCGAAUCCUUUAAUGUCUCUUUCAAUAGUUUAAGUGGAGAAAUUCCCAAUGGAGGUUCUUUUAGAAACUUCACUAUGGAUUCUUUUAAGGGUAAUGCGGCAUUGUGUGGAAUCCCCCAGUUCCAUGUCCAAACUUGCUCUUCCAUUUCUAAUCACAGAUCAAAGAGAAAGAAGGUGGAACGAGCUCCAUUUAUUGUUUUCGGGGUUGUGGCUUUCAUCUCAAUUGUUUCUUUGGCCUUCAUAAUUGUCAGAAACAAAAGGAAAGAUAAGACGACUAGAGAAGUUGAUGAGUUGAUAUUCAUUGUGCCGGAAAGAAUAUGA